UGCCAGUUCUGAGUCUAUCCUAACAUGAGGUGGAAAAGUUUGAUGAUUUAUGAAAAAUAAAUGUUGCAAAAUGGUGAAGAAUUAAAAGGGGAAGAGGCCAAAUAUAUUUGAAAGUUAGCAAGCUCCACUGCUCCAGCUUUGAUUGCUGUGAAGCUGGCACCAGCUUCACAUUCCCUCCCAUCCCAUAUAUAUCCUCACAAGUAUUCCACUGGUUUCAUUAUGGGCCGACCUCUUCACUCUCUAUAUAUAUACACACACACACACACACUCAUAAAUAGCAACGUCUCUCUAAUUUAAGCAAAAAAGCCAUGGCUUCUAAUUUCCACAACAGCUUGCUGCUGCUGCCGUUGCUGUUGAUUAGAGUAGCAAAUGCAGGAAAUUUCUACCAAGAUUUCGACUUGAGCUGGGGCAGUAGGCGCGCCAAGAUCUACGGCGGAGGGCAGCUUCUGUCGCUGUCUCUCGACAGGAUUUCUGGUUCUGGAUUUCAGUCCAAGAGAGAGUAUUUGUUUGGAAAGAUUGAUAUGCAGCUCAAGCUUGUUGCUGGCAACUCCGCUGGCACUGUUACUGCAUAUUAUUUAUCUUCUCAAGGGCCGACGCACGACGAAAUCGACUUCGAGUUUCUAGGAAACGUGACGGCUGAACCUUACAUCCUCCACACCAAUGUCUUCACACAAGGCAAAGGCAACAGGGAGCAGCAGUUCUAUCUCUGGUUUGAUCCCACUAAAAACUUCCACACCUAUUCCAUCAUAUGGAAUCUCCAACAUAUUGUAUUCCUUGUGGACAACACUCCCAUAAGGGUGUUCAAGAAUAGUGAGUCCAAAGGCGUUCCGUACCCAAAGAAGCAGCCCAUGAGAAUCUACUCGAGUCUGUGGAAUGCCGAUGACUGGGCAACAAGAGGGGGGCUGGUGAAAACAGACUGGUCGAGGGCGCCCUUCACAGCCUACUACCGUAACUUCAAUGCACAAACCAGCGCCUCCAAAGGGGCGUGGCAGAACCAAGAGCUCGACGCCUACAGCUGGAGAAGGCUUAGAUGGGUUCAGAAGAAUUUCAUGAUCUAUAACUAUUGCACUGACUAUAGAAGAUUCCCUCAUGGCUUUCCUACAGAGUGCAAGCAAUGAGCAAACAAGGCUAUUGGACUUUGUUACUAUGUGUAUUUCAGUUUUUUCCCUUUCGUUUUUAUGUUCCUGUUUAGAAGUGUCGCAUGUUCUUGUUAGACAGAUGCAAAUAAAUACAUGAUUUAAGUA